GUCAAAGAAUAACAGAUGUUUCAUCCAGCUCACCUCCACGCACCACAAUCAAUUCCAUACCUUCAGUAAACAACAAAUCUGUCACCUCCUCACCUCCACACACCAUGGCAGAAACUACUGCCAUGACGUCAGGCACCCAAGCAACCGCCCUCAAACCUCCACUCGCCUCGCCAACCCCUAACUCACGCCCCUCAAAUCAGACGUACAAUGCAACUACCGCGUCUGCCACUACUCCUACUCCCACACCCAAAACCAGCAUCCAAGCAGUCUCUCAAAACCAGUCCUCACCUGCAGUCACCCAGCCCAACACCACAGUGCCUUCUACCACGCAAGGUUCCUACACUGUAACACCCAUCAAGUUUGGCUUCCAGAUUGACAUCACAAGCUCUACCCCUCGUGACUACACCAUAAACAUUAGUGAAGAAGGCCGACCAGUCACUGGAAAAAACAUCACCGUCCAUCAGUCCAAUCAAAACUCAUCACAUGAAAUCAAACACCUGAAGCCCUGCACUGAAUAUGAGCAUUAUGUGACAUAUCUUGAUGGUGCUGGUGAAAAACACUGUAGCCACCCUGAAAAUAAAACUAGAACGACUGACAUAAGUAAAGAUGACAUUGAAGAUGUCAGCUGCAUCCCUGGACAUGUUUGUUACCGGAGUGAUUGGGACAUCAGCUCUUUACUAUCAACCACAAAUGUUGUGGGAUGUGACAAUAAAACAUUCUGUGUCAAACCUGGUUACAAUGACAUUUGUUCAGAUUUUACUACAAACUUCACAUGUCCGACCACUUCCUUUAGCCUCACCAGCAUCAUCCCUGUUGAUUUCUUAAACACAAAUGAAAUACAUCAGAUUGUUUCCACUAAACUUCCAGCGAAAAUAGAAACAAAAUUACCUCCAAACUGUAAAAAUCUCUCUGUUGAUUACACCUGCUGGGAGAGUGGCGGAGUCACUGAGCCUAAGCUGGAGUCGGAGCUGGAGCCGUUUACUGACUACAGCUGUAUUGGUCAGAUCAAGGACAACAAUGUCACCAUCAAAAACACAACUGCUGUUGACGUCAGGAUUGACUGUGAUUUUAACAUAAUCGCCACAAAGGACAGAGUAACCAAUACGUCUAUUGGCUUGAGUUGGAGCACAACCAGUGACAAGUGUCAAGAAGUCCUUCAUGAGCUUGAGAAGCUUGAUAAGCUUUCAUACGACUGCAGCUGUGGUCCUACUCUCUCCCAUCAGACACACUGGAGUAAACCUGACAAAGAGUCAUCAGGAAGAACAUGUCUUGUUAUUGGACUGAAACCAUUCACCACAUACACCUGUGAAGUCAAACCCAUCUACAAGAACAAGAAGAGAGAUGCUAAACAAACUCCAGUGACACAAAAGACUGACGCUGGAAAACCAGACGAUAUUAAAGACCUGAAGACGUCACAGCCAGAGCAUAAUGUGAUUAUAGUAAACUGUAUGUAUUCAGGAAAAUUAAACGGUCUUGAAGGCAAACAGAAAUACAGAGCAGAACUUCAUCAUGGUGGUGUCAUUGUGAAGGAAAUUAAAGAGAAAGAAUGCAAGUUUGAAUUCAGAGACCUGAGUUACUCUACGACCUACAUAGUGAAGGUCAUUGCUUUCAACACAGAACUGGAGAGCGAGCCCAAGACAAAGGAAGUUUCUACUUUCUACAAUGACAAAGCUGUCAUUGGUUUUCUGGUCUUCCUCUUCAUCACCAUCACAUCUGUUGUGGUGUCUGUGUUGGUCUACAAGAUUUACAUUAAGAAGUGCAGAAAGUCCAGAAAUGAGGUGAAUGAAGAUGUGAUGCUUGAAUCAACAGCAAUUUAUGUUAAUGUACCAACUCCUGGAUGGCAUCAUAUAGAAGCUCGCUGAUGAAGAAAAGCCUGAUGGAGCUGCAAACCAAAUCAUUUACUCUUUACUCUGCUGAGUCAUCAAAUGUUCAGUAUGUAGUGAGUCUUUUGCAGUUAUACAAUUGAUUUCCAAACUUUAAUGAACUUCUUGUUAUUAGCUAAAACCUCCAUUACUAUAUUAGAUGUAACUGUUUAAACUCUAUGGUACUUUUCUCACUUUGUUGCAUUUAAGAGUUUUAACAUGUUGCCUGUUGCUUUCACAUGAAUAUUGUAACAUGUUAGAAAUGAACAUUUUUUUAUUGAUGUUUCUAAGCCCCUUGAGAGCUUUGUAAAAUAAAUAAAGUUACACCAACUAAAUCCCAACCACACACAAGUUGUUG